AUUGCGCAUGUCCAGUAACCGCAGCACUGGGCAGGUUGAGUUUGGGAUCGGCGGCACUGGAAAAACACUACAUCCACCCGAAUGAGCUCAUCGAAUGUCAUUCCUCAGAAAACGCUUUUAUUGAGGUCUUAAUAAAGAACCAUAUAUCCGCAUCUUAAAAUGCCGAGUAAUAAGCUGGAUAAACCAGAGAAGAUGGAGGUCAGUGAUAACGUGAAGGUGGUGGUGAGAUGUCGACCCCUCAACGAGAAGGAGAAGAUGAUGGCACACAAGCAGGCCGUCACUGUGGACGAGAUCCGAGGAACCAUUACUGUGAACAAACUUGAUAUAGCUAGUGAGCCCCCGAAGACGUUCACCUUCGACACCGUGUUCGGACAAGAUAGCAAACAGCUGGAUGUGUAUAAUUUAACAGCUCGUCCCAUCAUUGACUCCGUAUUAGAGGGUUACAACGGGACCAUAUUUGCAUACGGACAGACAGGCACAGGGAAAACGUUCACCAUGGAGGGGGUCAGGGCCGUGCCUGAACUCAGAGGCAUCAUUCCAAAUUCAUUUGCUCAUGUAUUUGGCCACAUUGCAAAAGCAGAAGGAGACACCAGGUUUCUCGUAAGAGUUUCCUAUUUGGAAAUUUACAAUGAGGAGGUACGAGACCUGUUGGGAAAGGACCAGAUGCAGAGGCUGGAGGUCAAGGAGAGACCUGAUGUAGGAGUUUAUAUCAAGGAUCUUUCUGGAUAUGUGGUAAACAAUGCUGACGAUAUGGACCGGAUUAUGACCCUUGGACACAAAAACCGUUCUGUAGGCGCGACUAAUAUGAACGAGCACAGUUCUCGCUCUCAUGCCAUCUUCACCAUAACUAUUGAGUGCAGUGAGAAAGGUGUAGAUGGAAAUCAACAUGUGCGCAUGGGCAAGCUUCACCUGGUCGACCUUGCGGGAUCUGAAAGACAAGGAAAAACAGGUGCCACAGGUCAACGUCUUAAAGAAGCCACAAAAAUCAACCUGUCCCUGUCCACCCUGGGAAAUGUUAUCUCUGCACUAGUGGAUGGGAAAAGCACCCACGUGCCCUACAGGAACUCAAAACUCACCCGACUGUUACAGGACUCCCUCGGAGGAAACUCUAAAACCAUGAUGUGUGCAAACAUCGGCCCAGCAGAUUACAACUACGAUGAGACCAUCAGUACUCUCCGCUAUGCUAACCGUGCCAAAAAUAUUAAGAAUAAGGCCAGAAUUAAUGAGGACCCCAAGGAUGCGCUGUUGCGCCAAUUUCAGAAGGAAAUUGAAGAGCUCAAGAAAAAACUGGAAGAAGGUGAGGAGAUCUCUGGCUCUGACGGCAGUGGAUCAGAUGACAUGGAUGAAGGUGAAGAUGAAGUUGGUGAGGGUGGUGAGAGACGCAGGAAACGAAGAGGAAGAAAGAAGGUAUCUCCUGACAAGAUGGUGGAGAUGCAGGCGAAGAUAGAGGAGGAAAGGAAGGCGCUGGAGGCCAAACUGGACAUGGAGGAGGAAGAGAGGAACAAAGCACGUGCAGAGCUGGAGAAGAGAGAGAAGGACCUUCUCAAAGCCCAACAGGAACAUCACUUAUUACUUGAGAAGCUGUCCGCUCUGGAAAAGAGGGUUAUUGUUGGUGGGGUUGAUUUACUGGCUAAGGCCGAGGAGCAAGAGAAGCUUCUGGAAGAAUCCAACAAUGAACUGGAGGAGAGGAGGAAGAGGGCUGAGCAGCUCCGAAGAGAACUGGAAGAAAAGGAGCAAGAGCGCUUGGACAUUGAGGAGAAAUACACCAGUUUACAAGAAGAGGCUCAAGGCAAGACCAAGAAACUGAAGAAAGUGUGGACCAUGUUGAUGGCAGCAAAAUCUGAGAUGGCGGAUCUGCAGCAAGAGCAUCACAGGGAGAUCGAAGGCCUGCUGGAAAACAUCCGGCAGCUGAGCCGAGAGCUGCGUCUGCAGAUGCUCAUCAUUGAUAAUUUUAUUCCUCAGGAAUAUCAGGAGAUGAUUGAGAACUAUGUGCACUGGAAUGAGGACAUUGGAGAGUGGCAGCUGAAAUGCGUGGCCUAUACAGGCAACAACAUGAGAAAACAGACACCUGUGUCAGACAAGAAAGAAAAAGAUCCAUUUGAAGUAGACCUCUCCCAUGUUUAUCUGGCGUACACCGAGGAGAGCAUGAGACAGUCCCUAAUGAAACUAGAAAGGCCUCGGACAUCAAAGAGCGGAAAGUCCAGGCCGAAAACUAGUCGUAGGAAACGCUCCUCCAAACCAGAGGCGGUGAUUGAAUCCCUGCUGCAGUGAGCUUGUUGUCUGAUGAAGACCACUAUAUUUUGUACAUUUUCAAGGCCAGUCCAGUAUAUGUCUUAGGGAAUGCCAAUUCUUGUGACGUAAAGGCACUUUGACUUAAGUGUAGAUGAAAAGAAAUCAUGUGUGAAAGUCCAGAGCUGCUCCAAAGCUGGGUUUAGGUGAGGGGAGUUUGCGGUAAAACGUCCAUUAUGAUAGCGCUCCAGACGGCACAUUUCACCUUCACACAUAAACACUGUUACUGUAUAUUCGGCUUGACACUGAUGGCUGUGCUGGCAUGUGUUGAGCAGCUUAUUGGUCUGACACAAGAGAUGCUCUUGCCGUCAGGUAAUAUGCUAUUGAGAGACCAAUCUCAUCUUAAUGUUUUAUAAAAUUGGCAGCGUGCAAUUGCUUUAGCUCCAUCUACACAAGCUAUGCUACUUAAUUUUUUAUAGUGAGAAUGUGCAUGCCAUCUUCCCUUCCCAUUAGCUCAGCUUACUCUAAUUGCAAUGUAUUUCCACUGUGCACUGUAGUACAACCAUUAGUCUAAUGGAUUCUGUAAAAAUGUUUACAUUUACAGUUUUGUUUUUUUGUUCGUGUACUCGUCCUUAAAUUAUUAAAUUAUUUUACAAGGUAAAA